CUCAGUUGAUCUUCCUGCCUCCCAAAGUGCUAGAAUUACAGGUGUGAGCCACCACAUCCAGCCUCUGCCUUUCGUUUCUGAGGCCUGAGAUUGGCCUGCAAUCCACAGAAAGAGAGGCGAGGGAGGCUGUUCUCUGCAUGGGAUUAGGUCAGGGCUGGGUCUAUGCCCUGAAGGCGAGCUCAUUCCAGCCCAGCUCCCCACUGCUGCAGCAUAUGUGUGGGCUUCUCCAGGAGGGGAGCUGCUUCUGAAGAAAGGGGCCAGAAACUCACUUAUUGUUCUUCCCGUAGUAGUUUCUUGUCCCUGCAUUGCCCCUGGUGCAGUCGGCCUCAGAGGACAAUCUUUCCACAGGGUGAGGGUCUUCCCUGUGUAUGUGAUUGUGGCAGAGGAAGGGGAUGUGCUGAUUCUGAGCAAUAGACAGCACAUUUUGGAUAUUCAGUAUUGACUUCUAAAGGUGCUUUCCUGUUCCCUAAGGAAGAACCCUUGAAGAGGUAGAAAAGGAAAGAAGUCAGGCAUGGCUCUCACUCAGGGACAGGUGACAUUCAGGGAUGUGGCUAUAGAAUUCUCUCAGGAGGAGUGGACAUGCCUGGACCCUGCUCAAAGGAGUUUGUACAGGGACGUGAUGUUGGAGAACUACAGGAACCUGGCCUCCCUGGCAGGAAUCUCUUGUUUUGACCUCAGUAUUAUCUCUAUGUUGGAACAAAGGAAGGAACCUUUCACUCUGGAGAGCCAAGUACAGAUAGCAGGAAACCCAGAUGGAUGGGAAUGGAUCAAAGCCGUGAUCACAGCUCUGUCUUCUGAAUUUGUAAUGAAAGAUUUACCACACAAAGGGAAGAGCAGUACAGGAGAAGCAUUCCAAACAGUGAUGUUGGAAAGACAUGAAAGCCAUGACAUUGAAGGCUGUUUCUUCAGGGAAGUCCAGAAAAAUAUUCAUGACCUUGAGUAUCAAUGCAGAGAUGCUAAAGGAAAUUACAAAGGAGUGCUUAUGACACAGAAAGAUAAUCUCACUCAUGGAAGAGAUGAACAUGAUAAAAGAGAUGCAAGAAACAAGCUUAUUAAAAAUCAGCGUGGAUUAAGCUUUCAGUCACAUCUGCCUGAACUGCAGCUUUUUCAAUAUGAAGGGAAAAUUUAUGAAUAUAAUCAGGUAGAAAAGUCUUUCAAUAAUAGUUCCUCAGUUUUACCACCUCAACAAAUGCCUUAUAAUGUCAAAACCUACAUUUCUAAGAAAUAUUUCAAAGACUUUAUCUCUUUAUUACUUACACAGGGAGAAAAAGCAAACAAUUGGGAAAAGCCUUACAAAUCUAAUGUAUGUGGUGUGGUCUUCCCUCAAAAUUCACACCUUGCAAGUCACCAGAGAAGUCAUACUAAAGAGAAACCUUACAAAUGUUAUGAGUGUGGCAAAGCCUUUAGAACACGUUCAAACCUAACUACCCAUCAGGUAAUCCAUACUGGAGAAAAACGUUACAAAUGUAAUGAGUGUGGUAAGGUCUUCAGUCGAAAUUCACAACUCUCACAACAUCAGAAAAUUCACACUGGAGAGAAACCUUAUAAAUGUAAUGAAUGUGGCAAGGUUUUCACUCAGAAUUCACACCUUGCAAGACAUCGGGGAAUUCAUACUGGAGAGAAACCUUACAAGUGUAAUGAGUGUGGGAAAGCCUUUAGAGCUCGUUCAAGCCUGGGUAUCCAUCAGGCAACCCACAGUGGAGAAAAACCUUACAAAUGUAAUGAAUGUGGCAAGGUCUUCACUCAAAAUUCACACCUUAUAAAUCACUGGAGAAUUCACACUGGAGAGAAACCUUACAAGUGUAAUGAGUGUGGCAAAGCCUUUGGUGUUCGUUCAAGCCUAGCUAUUCAUCUAGUAAUUCACACUGGAGAAAAGCCAUACAAAUGUCAUGAAUGUGGCAAGGUAUUUAGGCGUAAUUCACACCUUGCAAGGCAUCAGCUAAUUCAUACUGGAGAGAAACCUUACAAGUGUAAUGAGUGUGGCAAAGCCUUUAGAGCACAUUCAAACCUAACUACUCAUCAGGUCAUCCAUACUGGGGAAAAACCUUACAAAUGUAAUGAAUGUGGCAAGGUCUUCACUCAAAAUUCACACCUUAUAAAUCACUGGAGAAUUCACACUGGAGAGAAACCUUACAAGUGUAAUGAGUGUGGCAAAGCCUUUGGUGUUCGUUCAAGCCUAGCUAUUCAUCUAGUAAUUCACACUGGAGAAAAGCCAUACAAAUGUCAUGAAUGUGGCAAGGUAUUUAGGCGUAAUUCACACCUUGCAAGGCAUCAGCUAAUUCAUACUGGAGAGAAACCUUACAAGUGUAAUGAGUGUGGCAAAGCCUUUAGAGCACAUUCAAACCUAACUACUCAUCAGGUCAUCCAUACUGGGGAAAAACCUUACAAAUGUAAUGAAUGUGGCAAGGUCUUCACUCAAAAUUCACACCUUGCAAAUCAUCAAAGAAUUCAUACUGGAGUGAAACCUUAUAUGUGUAAUGAGUGUGGCAAAGCCUUCAGUGUGUACUCAAGCCUAACUACCCAUCAGGCAAUCCAUACUGGAGAAAAACCUUACAAAUGUAAUGAGUGUGGCAAGGUCUUCACACAGAAUUCACACCUUGCAAGACAUCGGGGAAUUCAUACUGGAGAGAAACCUUACAAAUGUAAUGAAUGUGGCAAGGUCUUUAGGCAUAACUCAUACCUUGCAAGGCAUCGGCGAAUUCAUACUGGACAGAAAACUUACAAGUAUAACGAGUGUGGCAAAGCUUUUAGUGAACAUUCAAACCUAACUACCCACCAGGUCAUCCAUACUGAAGAAAAACCUUACAAAUGUAAUGAGUGUGGCAAGGUCUUCAGUCAGAAUUCACACCUUGCAAGACAUCGAGGAAUUCAUACUGGAGAUAAACCUUACAAGUGUAAUGAAUGUGGCAAAGCCUUUUGCCAAACUUCAAAACUUGCAAGGCAUCAGAGAGUUCAUACUGGAGAGAAACCAUAUGUGUGUAGUCAGUGUGGCAAAGCUUUUAGUGUCCGUUCAGGCCUAACUACUCAUCAGGCAAUCCAUACUGGAGAAAAACCUUACAAAUGCAAUGAGUGUGGCAAGGUCUUCACUCAGAAUUCACACCUUGCAAGACAUCGAGGAAUUCAUACUGGAGAUAAACCUUACAAGUGUAAUGAAUGUGGCAGAGCCUUCAGUCAAACUUCAAAACUUGAAAGGCAUCGGAGAGUUCAUACUGGAGAGAAACCAUAUGAGUGUAAUUAUGUGGGAAAGCCUUUAGUGUCCGUUCAAGCCUAGCGACCCAUCAGGCAAUCCAUACUGGAAAAAAAACCUUAUAAAUGUCACUUGUGUAAAGUUCUAAAGUCAGAGUUCAAACCUUGGAAGUCAUCUCAGAAUUCAGAGUGGAGAGAAACCUUACAAAUGAAGGUGGCAACUUUUGCAGUUAGAAUUCAUUCCUUUGACAACAUCAGAGAAUUUAUUCCUGAGAGAAUCCUUGAAGAUGCAGUGACUGUGGCAAACUGCUCAUGAGUUCAAAUGUUAAUAGAUAUCCAAGGGUCCAUAAUAAUGAGAAAUCAAAUAAAUGUACUGUAUGUGGCAGAGGCUUUAUUCAGGCCUCACAGCUUUCUAGGCAUUAAAAUCUACAUACUUUAUGGAACCACACGAAUGUAAUAUGCAUCCUGAAGCUCUUACUCUAAGACUGUAACUGUAGGUGAGGAUUCAUAUGAAGAGUGACUCAGUCUCUAGUUCUUUGAUUCACUUUUAAUUUGAUAAACUGCACGACAAUUACACGUCCCAAUAUGGUAAAAACUUAUGACAUUAUAUAUUUCAAAGGUUGAAGGACAUUUGGAAAUGGCUACUUACCUUCAGAUUAUAAAAUAUUUCAUUCCAUUGUUUGAGGUUUCUCAAAAAGGCUACUGUUUAUGACUUUCAAACUGAAUACCUUUCAUGGUGCCCAUCUGGGAAAGAACUAUAGUAUGGAAGGGCCUACUUCAUUACAUGAGGAUCAUAUUUAUCCAAGUUUAUUGAAGAAGGAGGACUCUGCAUUAUAAAAUUAAAUGUUCUUUCAAUUGAGAGACCAUGGUUUGGGGCAGAAAAUAAGGUAAAACUAUGAUAUCAGUCAUCAUACUGAUUGUAUUACAGGGUGCCCUUCUGAGAGAAAGACACUGUGGGUUUUAGGGAAGAAAGGCUGCACUAGCCAUGCAUUGAGCAGGCCAAGACCUCAGGACACUGGUAUUUUUAUGGGAGGAGAGUAAUAGGUUAUUAAUGACUGAUUAUAUAAUACGAAUAGUGCAGGGGAAACGAUUGCCACCUUCUCUAUUGAAUGGCAAUAGCUGUUUUAUAGCAGAGAUUGAUGAAAAAUAGGCUUAUUUUUGAAAUUGAAGAGAUAACAGUUACCAGAGUGGGGAGCUUGGACAAAAGAACCAGAAUACCAUUUUUUUUUUAGUAGAAUUCACACUAACUGCUAGAAUUACAUUUUGCUGCUGUUUUAUUGAGAAUGUGUCACAGACAUAAUGUUUUAACAAAAAAAUUGGACGUUUUCUUAUAACUAUGAAUGAAUCACAUUUUUUGUACCAACACUGUUUUAUCCUACCUCAGUAGGAUACUUCAUGACAGAUAAUAACAGUACACUCAGUCUUCUAGGCUGGA